ACUCCACAGUUCUCUCUUGCCUGUUCAUUGUAUUGUUUACACCAGCUGCGUUUGUCACGAUGAUUUGUUCCUAACCUUGUUCAGUGUGUUCAUUCGACUAUUGCAGCACAGCACAAUUUAUUAAUGGCAUUCUCACUACGCUAGUCAAGUACGUCAAUGGGCAAGAUAUAUUAUUGCGACUAUUGCGACAGAUCUUUUAAGGACGAUGUCGAGGCUCGUAAAAAACAUCUGUCCAGCCUGCAGCACGCGAAAAAUCGAACGGAUCACUAUAAUAUGUUCAAGGACCCAGAGACGAUAUUAAAAGAAGAAUGUAGUAAAAUUCCUUGUAAACGCUAUAUGACCGUCGGAGAUUGCGCUUUCGGCACGAGCUGUCGAUUUUCACAUUACACGCCGCCAAUGAUAUGGGAACUUCAACGACUCGCUGCAAUGAAAAACUUUAAGAAUUCGACAAAUCAGCCCAAGGAUGGCUGGCCAAAUCCAGAAGACAUUGUCAAGGAGUAUUUCGAGAAUGUGACAGAUUUGAGCGGCACCGAGGAUCGUAAUUCAGCGUGGAACAUGCCAUCGAGAUUGGUCAAUUAUUCUUAUCUACCACCGUCCUUGCAACCUGUUACUUCAGAAAGCAUGGCAGACUGUAAUUUUAACAAAUGGGGCUGAACUUUAUUUACUUAAAAAAUAAAACGAAAAAAUAAUUUACAA